CGAGAUGGACUGCAUGACAUAUUUAGCCAGCGACUGCAUCUCUCUUGUCACCAUUUCAUAGUCCUUCUUCGUUUGCGCCAUGCCUGUCGUCGGCCCGGAACGGCUGGUCAAACUGCAACAGCAGGGUGAUGGUAUCCGGAACAUCUGCAUCCUUGCACACGUCGACCAUGGCAAAACAUCGCUGACCGACGCUCUCAUCGCUACGAAUGGCAUCAUCUCCCCCAAGUUGGCGGGGAAGAUCCGCUAUCUCGACUCCAGACCCGAUGAGCAGCUCCGCGGGAUCACGAUGGAGUCUUCUGCCAUCUCGCUGUACUUCUCUCUGCUCCGCAGGUCCGCUCCUGAUGCUCAGCCCGAGCAAAAAGAGUUCCUCAUCAACUUGAUCGAUUCGCCCGGUCACAUCGACUUCAGCUCCGAGGUCUCGACUGCUUCGCGACUGUGUGACGGUGCCGUUGUCCUGGUUGAUGCCGUCGAGGGGGUGUGCUCGCAGACGGUCACUGUACUGCGCCAGACGUGGACCGAAAAGCUCAAGCCCAUCCUCGUCAUCAACAAGAUGGAUCGUCUCAUCACCGAGCUGAAGCUGAGCCCGAGCGAGGCCUAUACGCAUCUGAGUAAGCUGCUCGAGCAGGUCAACGCCGUCAUGGGCAGCUUCGCAUUGGGAGAGCGGAUGGAAGACGAUCUGCGGUGGCGAGAGCGCAUCGAUGAGAAACUGACUGCCGCCGCCGUAGCCAAAGGGCAAGAUCAGGCCGAUAGUCUCGACGGCGCUCCCAGAGGCAGAGUCAGCAGCAUUGUGCAAGACGAAGAAGGCGUGGUGACCAGUGGGACGCCGGCAGAGUACGAGGAAAAGGACGACGACGACAUCUACUUCGAGCCCGAGCGCAACAACGUCAUCUUCAGCUCCGCCAUCGAUGGCUGGGCCUUUACCCCUCGACAGUUUGCCGGCCUGUACGAGAAGAAACUGGGCAUCAAGCGGCGCGUGCUCGAGAGGGUGCUGUGGGGUGAUUUCUACUUAGACCCCAAGACCAAACGCGUGCUGGGGUCGAAACAUCUCAAAGGGCGGCAUCUCAAACCAAUGUUUGUACAACUGGUCCUCGAAAACAUCUGGGCAGUCUACGAGGCAACGAUGGGUGGCUCCAACCACAAGGGCGACCCAGACCUUCUGCAGAAGAUCACCAAGAGCCUCAACAUCAACAUUCCCGCUCAUAUCAUGCGCUCAAAGGAUCCCAAGGCCAUCCUGAGCGCCGUGUUUGCCGCAUGGCUCCCUCUAUCCACUGCUCUGCUUGUGUCGGUCGUCGAGCAACUGCCCUCCCCAGCGGCAGCGCAAGAGCUCCGCAUGCCCUUGCUUCUCGAUGCCUCUCCCGGCGCAGAGCACAUCGAUGCCAAAAUUAGCGCUGCAGUAACACACUCCACCCAGACAAUUGGCGAGCCGGUCGUUGCCUACGUGAGCAAGAUGGUCUCUAUCCCGGAGAGCGAACUGCCGGCCAACAAACGGAGAGGUGGCAUGCUCAGCGCUGAAGAGGCCCGAGAACUUGGGCGGAAGAAGCGGGCGGAGAUCGCGAGAGCUCAAGCGCAAGUCAACGGGGACUCUGACGUAGGUUCCCUGACCGAGGCUUUGAGCGCCGCCGCUAUUGGCGAAGACGAGGUCGCCGACGAUACGAAUGGUGAGACGCAGAAGGACGAUCCCGAGCACCUGAUCGGUUUCGCGCGGCUGCUGUCGGGGACGCUCACCGUUGGAGAUGAAGUGUACGUGCUGCCUCCUAAAUACACCCCGGCAAGACCGCAUGCCGCGCCAGAACCCAAAAAGGUGACAGUCACCGCCCUGUAUCUGUUGAUGGGUCGGAGCCUUGAAACGUUGCACUCUGUACCUGCUGGAAAUGUCGUGGGCAUUGCAGGAUUGGAAGGCGCGAUUCUCAAGUCCGCAACGAUUUGCUCGCAAUUAACAGGCGCUCCCAAUCUGUCAUCCACCAGCGCGAUUUCGACAAAUGCGCCCAUCGUCCGCGUGGCUCUAGAGCCCGUCUUCCCCGGCGACCUGGACAGAAUGAUUCGAGGGUUGAAAAUGCUACAACAAGCAGACCCCGCAGUGAUGUACGAGCAGCUCGAGAGUGGCGAACACGUCAUUCUCACGGCUGGCGAACUACACUUGGAACGAUGUCUGAAGGAUCUCCGCGAGCGCUUCGCCAGAUGCGAGAUUCAGGCCGGACGUGCGAUCGUGCCAUAUCGAGAGGGCAUCGUUCGAGCAGAAGAAAUGAACCCGCCCAAGGAUCCCGCUCUCGGGAGAGGUCGAGUGGAGAACCUCACAACGAGCAAACAGGUGACGAUCCGACUCCGGGUAAGACCUUUGCCAGCUCCAGUCACAGAGUUCUUGAUCAAGCAUGCCGGCGCGGUGAAGCGGCUGUAUUCGGAGCGGAAAGCACAGGAAGAGGAGCGAAGUGUUCCCACCGGCGAGACUGACCCUACAACGGAGGAAUUUGCGGUGCAAGAUGCUGACGCCGAGGAUGUGACGGGCGACGCUGGCCACGCUCUUACCUUGACUGAAUUCCGAAAGGAACUCUCGGAUGUGUUUGCGGAAGAGACAGCUGAGAGGGAGGUGUGGAAAGAUGUAGUCGACCGGAUAUGCUCUUUUGGACCUCGCAGGGUUGGUCCGAACAUCUUGAUUGACGCUACUAAGCAUGCCGUCUGCGGAAGAUUUCUUCAAGAGGAGCAUCUGACCGGCCAGGAAAACGGGCAGACGGACAAGCACUUGUCCGCCCUCGCCGACAAGGCCACCUACGCAUUCCAGCUUGCUACUUAUCAAGGCCCGCUUUGCAAUGAACCAAUGCAAGGCGUCGCCGUCUUCCUCGAGGACAUCACCACGAACGUUGCGGAGGGAGAGGCCAGUCAGAACAUUGGAAGACUGACCGGGGAGAUCAUCCGGACCACGCGAGACUCCAUCCAUCAGGCCUUCCUGGACUGGUCUCCACGGAUAUUACUCGCCAUGUACAGCUGCGAGAUCCAAGCGUCAGCGGAGGUCCUUGGAAAGGUCUAUUCCGUCAUCACGAGGAGGCGAGGCCGGAUUGUGUCGGAGUCGCUACUAGAACCGUCAACCAACUUCACCAUCCUGGCCCUCUUGCCGGUGGCGGAGUCAUUUGGCUUCUCGGACGAGAUACGCCAACGGACGAGUGGGUUUGCGGCGCCGCAACUGGUGUUUGAGGGAUUUGAGAUGCUGGACGAAGAUCCGUUCUGGGUGCCGACUACGGAGGAAGAGUUGGAGGAUCUGGGGGAGAAGGCGGACAAGGAGAAUGUAGCGAAGCGAUAUGUGGAAGCUGUUCGGGAGAGGAAGGGGCUGUUUGUGAGGAAGAAGGUGGUGGAGAAUGCGGAAAAGCAGAAGACGCUGAAGAGAUAGGAGGAUGAGGUAGUCGAAUGGAGGCUGACCAUCUCAUGCUCGUGGCCUGUGGAACAUGCUUCCGUUGCUUCGCCAUUCUCCCAACAGCACUGACGUUUCGGUCUUGACGUCUUCGACGAUGGCGUCGACUCUACACGCCGCCAUGCCAGUCAGCAGCUGUGUGUCUAAGAAGAGAAGGGACCCAGAAGCACAUACUUGAUGUCGUUUCUGUCGUAGCCAAACGGGUCCUCGAGCUGAACACCAAUGGCUUCAAUUCCGUAGAGCGUAAAAGUACUGACAUGAUCAGCUCAGGUGCACUUUGGCAAAGUAGCAUUCACGUCAGAGAUGGAGGAGACAUACACAACAACCACCAUGAGAAUGGU